UAGAGUUCCGACAGUAUGAACCGGCGUAUGUAAUAGCAUUUGCGAUGAAUACAACACAACAAACGUGUUCUCACUAAAACUAUUACUUAAAAUUACUUAUUAAUGAAUUAUAAAAGAGAUUAUGUCUUAUAUAACGGAAAAUUAAUCUAUUAAAAUACAUACAUUUCUAUCUCUUAAUAAAUAUAGAAGCAACAUUAUCACAAAUCUUCGCAUAACCUGCGUGAAAUCUGUUAUGAAAUAUAUGAAGUUUCAAUUACGGAAAUUUGAGAACUGUGAAUUUGAUUUGUGAAUAUUUUAUAAAAUAUUCGAAUAUUUCUGUUAUUUAAUUUUAUUAGAAUUUGGUUCAACCGUCAAGAUGCCUACGGUAAUAGCACUAGAUGUUUCUUUAUCAAUGAGAAGAAUUGUAUUAAGUAAUGGUAUGAAUGAUGGUUUACCAACUGAACAAUCAACGCGACAUCAUUUAGCAAUACACGGUAUAAGUGCUUUGUUACAUUAUUUGCAAGUCAAUUCAAAGUUGGAAUUUGUGUCAUUGAUUGUGUUUUCAUCACUGUAUGAAGUGAUUUGUCCUUUUACUCGGGACUACGACAGCAUACGUGCCAAAUUACAGACUAUUGAAGAAUGCGAUAAAACUUGCAUUGAAUCAGCACUGCGUGGUGUUAAUAAUGUUAUAAUGGCAGAAUGGGGUAAUACAACAGCUUGCCAAGUAAUACUGAUUACAGAUGGAAAGUUAAGUGUUGUUUGUAUUGCACCACAACAAGAUCUUGCUUUGCAGAGAGGCUUACCUUUAUAUCAACGUUUAAUUGAUCUAGCCGGUGGUGAUAGCAUUGUAUUAGUUCCAGAUUCACCGCUUAGCAAAUAUUCAGUCGCAACUUGCUUUCAAAAAUUAGCUGAAACAAAUUAUGUUUCAUUCCAAGGAUAUCUAAAAUGUGGCCAUUUAGGUUCUCGUAUUUCAUUAUCACCCCCACCUAUGCCUUACACAAAGAAGACGGACUUUGAAUUGGUCCCAGGCUUGGUAAUAUCAAAUACCAUAGAAAUCUGUGGAUUCAUAUCCGUAGGAGAUGUUGGUAGCCCAAGUGCUGUUUCCAGACAUCUGGUGUUACCAUUGUCGACAGAGAAAACUGCGAGUAUGCAAGGUAUACCGUUAGAAGAUGACUCGGACGACGAAAAUGAUGAGGGAAAAAUACCGUCCUUCUGUGUGUUGCUUCACGGAGCGUUGAAGGUGGAAAAUAUGGCAGCCCUUUGUUUAUUGAAUAAUGAUUGGUAUGGUUUCAUAUACUCUUGGGCAGAUACCAAAAAAAAGUCCAAUUUAAUGUUGACGGUAUUAGAACAGGGAUGUGACGUUAUACCAUGGCUAGGUACUUUUGGCAAUUUAGGACCUACAGAUGCAACUGAUGCUGCUGGAGCUAGUUUUCCAGUUAGACCUACCGAAAAAAGGAGUUAUACACAGAAUUCACCUUCCUGGAUUCGUCAGGUUGGCUUGCAAUCGGACAUUCAAAAGAUAUUAAGACAUGCGCGGAAAUUGCCCGAGAAAACUCAAAAUUUCUACAAGGAGGUAAACAGAUUACGACGCGCGGCAGCAUCGAUCGGUUUCGUUGAAUUAUUGGAAGGAUUGGCGUGCAUUUUGGAGCGAGAAUGUACGUUACUACCACCAAAUCUGAAUCCCGACUGUACGAUCCAAAUGGGACACGUAGCAUCGAUGAUCAGAAAACCAGAAUACCUCGAGCUUAGAUACAAUAUACCACCCGCACGAACGAAGUUUCAACACGGCGGAUCUUAAGUUAUGACACAUCAAUUAUUUUAUUGCAUUUAUAUCGCAUAUUGGACGUUUAUAUAUUUAGCAAAAAUAUAUUUGUACAUGUUUUAUUCUAUAGGCUACAUGUGUUUUACAACACAAAUAUCACAUCCUUUACAUAUAUAUUCUUUGACUUUACUUUCUAACUUAAUCUUAUAUUUCCUAGUCUAACUUUUUACAUUUAGAAUCA